AUGUUGUCAAUUAAUCUGUGGAUGACUUUACUCGUGGUGCUUUGGUGCUAUGUUUUGUGGAGCCGUCGAAGACUAUACCAACUUAUGUUACGGAUACCUGGGCCAAUUGGAUACCCGAUAAUUGGCAGCCUGCAUGAGUUCUGGUUAAAUAAUGAGCCUAUGUGGAGUAAGCAUCGCAAGGCAUUAAACCCUGCUUUUAGUCAUAAUGGCUUACUCAGCUUUAUCCCUAUAUUCAAUAUUGAAGGAAAUUCCUUACUUCAAGAGCUGAAUACGUUAGUUGGCAAAGGAGAGAGUGAAUUGCUUUCGCGAUUGAAGAACUUUACUCUACGAAUUGCAACUCAAACCACCAUGGGUACUGAUGUCAAGAAGGAAGAAGUUUAUCAAAAUGAAACUAUAAUGGAGAAAUAUCAAAGUGUUCUGGAGGCUGGAAUAGUACUGAUCUUAAGACCUUGGUAUAACAUAAAGUGUUUUCGACGCUGGACUGAUGUUGACACACUCCUCAAUGAUUCAAAAUCGGCUAUACGAAAAUUUAUCAAAAUUAUAAUUGACAGAAAACUAAAGGAAGUUUCAAAAAGUGAUCAAACAGGGAACAAGAGUAAUACAUUUGUUAACCUGGCUAUUGAGCAGUUAAAGAGUCGAGUUUUCAGCUAUCAAAAUGUAGAAGACGAGGCUAAUACAAUCGUUUUUGCCGCAUUUGAAACAACUGCACUCACUAUUACCUACACCUUGAUGCACCUAGCCAUGUUUCCAGAGUAUCAGCAGAGAGUCUAUGAGGAAAUCAAAUCUGUAUUCCCCAAUACUGGAGACUUUGAAGUAACUUUUGAGGAUUUACAGAAAUUAGAGUACCUGGAGAUGGUGAUUAACGAGAGUAUGAGGCUGAUGCCAGCACUUCCUUUAUCACUACGAAAAGUGACUGAAGAUGUGAAGUUAUCAAACGGCGUUACUCUCCCAAAAGGACUUGAAUUUUGCAUUAGUAUUUACCACACGCAUCGGAGCAAAGAAAUAUGGGGUCCAGAAGCGCAUAUCUUUAACCCAGAUAAUUGUCUGCCAAGAAGUCUGCAGGAUAAGCAUCCCUAUGCUCUCAUACCAUUCCUCAAGGGAAAGCGAAAUUGCAUAGGCUGGAAAUACGGGUUAAUGUUGUUGAAAAUCACGUUGGUAAAAAUUCUGAGAAACUAUGAAGUCAAAACAAGUUAUCGUUUUGAAGAUUUGGUCGUUGUAGAUAAUAUUACACUUAAAUUAAAAGAUUUGCCUGGUCUACAGCUGGAACGUCGAGCUUGA